UUGUGCUUUUCUUGUGCUUUUCUAUCAUGUCUUAAAAUAUUGAUUUUAGACACAGGAUUUUAAAUAUUCAGCCUCCAAAAGUUUUUAAAUUAAAACAAAAAUGGCAUUUUUAGAAUGGCGGAAAUUUCAUUUUUUUGAUCUGAAAAAGAACAUAGACGAGGGGCGUCUUUCUAACUUAUUCAAGGAGUCAUCAAUAACAACUACAUCAGCCGGGAAUAAUCAUCUAGUAAUUGGCGAUUCCCUAGGCCAAAUCCAUAUAAUUUCUAGAUCUUGGAACGUUUCAACUUUCAGGGCUUACGAAAUUUCUAUUACCCAUACGCAUCAGUUACGAAACUCACCACUUCUUGUUACUAUUGGGAAUGAUGAACCAGGUAUAAAUCCACUAAUAAAAGUAUGGGACACCAGCAGACUUGACAAGAAUGGAGUUCCAUUCUGCUUCAGAGUUACAAGAGCUGUAGCUGGCAGUAAGGCUGUUAAAGUUAGUGUUCUGGCUGUGCAUGAGAAUUUACAGCUAAUGGCUGUAGGAUUUGUCGAUGGCUCCUUUAUUUUGUACAGAGGAGACAUCACAAGAGACAGGAGUUCCAAACACAAGCUGUUCAAAGAUCUUACUUCGGUUAUAACAGGGUUGGCUUUUAAGGUUUUAGUGAAUAGCAGCUAUCUUUUUGUCGCGACAGACAGAUCUGUGGUGGUUUAUAAUAUCACUUACAAAGAUAAAGAACAAAAAUACCCUUUGGAUAACAUUGGUUGUGCGACAAAUUGCAGUGUUUUGGCAGAUUCGACACAGGAGAGUCAUUUUAUGGUUGCCAGAAAUGAUGCUAUUUAUUGUUAUACAUCUGAUGGAAGGGGCCCUUGUUAUGCAGUUGACGGAGAAAAAGUAAUGUUAGAAUGGUUUCGCAGCUAUUUAAUCAUUAUCUCUAAAAGCAACCGUCUUGGAUACACAAAUACAUCAAAUGAAAUAAGUAGUAAUGCAUCACAAGGAGAUUUAAUCACUGUUCUCGAUAUUUAUAACAAAUUUAUAGUGUUUUCUUGCAUUAUUCCUAAUAUCAGUGCUAUAUUAAACGAAUGGGGUUCAUUUUUUAUCCUUGACCAAGAGAACAAUAUUUAUCACUUGGACGAGAAGGAUCUUCAAUCGAAACUGUCUUUGUUGUUUAAGAAAAAUUUGUACGACGUAGCAAUCAGGAUAGCUAAAUCGCAACAGUACGAUUUAGAUGGUUUGGUUGAAAUCUUUAAGCAAUACGGUGAUCAUUUGUGUGAAAAAGGCGAUUAUGCCGGCGCUAUAGAGCAGUACAUAAAAACAAUAGGCAAGCUUGAGCCUAGUUACGUGAUUAGGAGGUUUUUGGACUCUCAACAUCUAGAAAAGCUUACAAUGUAUUUACAGGCUUUACAUAGACAAGGCCAGGCAACAGAAGACCAUACAACCUUACUACUAAAUUGUUACACUAAGCUUAACAAUGCUGUGGGUCAAAGUGACAGCUUGAAAGAGUUCAUCUUAAGUAAAGAUACUGAUUUAAAUUAUGAUGUAGAUGUCGCCAUUAAAGUAUGUAGACAAGGAAGCCCAGCUGAGGCUUUGAUGCUAGCCAAAAAACACGAGAAGCAUGACUGGUAUAUCAAAAUUCAGAUUGAGGACCAUCAGAAAUACUCAGACGUGUUGGAUUAUAUUGGUAAUUUGAAUUUUGAGGAGGCCGAUCAUUACAUGAAGCUCUAUGGAAAGGUUUUGGUGGAACAUAUACCUUCUGAGAGCACGCAGUUCUUAAAAAGACUGUGUACAAACUAUAAACCCAGCAGCUGUCCUAUUAUAUCUGAAAACAUGAUAACAGGAAAUUAUGAUAUAAUUCAAAAAUCUGACCCGGAGGACUUUAUUCAUCUCUUUCUAAACAAUUCAGAACGAUUGGUUGAAUUUUUGGAGCAUUUGAUUGCCGAGGGAUGCAUUUUAAGCAUGUCAGUGUAUAACACUUUGCUGGAACACUAUUUGCACGUGUGGUCUAGCCUGGAAGGUGUUAGCGAAAAAAAUAAAUUGUCUCAAAAAACUCUGAAACUCUUACAAAACCCUGACAUAAAAUAUGACAAAUACCAAGCACUGGUUGUGUGUCACAUGCACAACUUCAGUGAAGGAAUUUUGUAUUUGUAUGAAGAACAAAAACUAUAUCAACAAAUCUUGAGGUAUCAUAUUUCAAAAAAUGAUCCCAACUCUGUGCUGGCUUGCUGCAGAAGAUUCGGGCACCAAGAGCCCACUUUAUGGGUUCAAGUAUUGUGGUCAUGUGUCAGAGACAACAAGCAACCUUCUAUUGAAUUAUUAAAUGAGGUACUGACUGUAAUAGCCAAAGAAAAAUUGUUUUCUCCGCAACUUGUUAUCGAUGCAGUGGGUACAGGCAAUGCUGAAAUUAGUUUGGGGCAUAUUAGGUCAUAUAUAAUGAACGAAUUCUUACAAGAGACCAAAAAAAUUAAUGAGACCUCUGAACUAACUAAAAAUUACCAGAAGGAUACUAAUCAGCUUAAAGAACACUUGGAAACUUUGAAAAGUGGGGUUAUAGUUAUUAGAGGUUCAAGAUGUGCUGCAUGUCAUCAUCCUCUUGAACUACCCACAGUUCACUUUUUGUGCAAUCACAGUUUUCAUCAGCACUGUUUUCAAAGCUUUUCCGACGAUGAAAACGAGUGCCCGACUUGUCAGCCCGAAAACAAGAGCUUGUGGGAGCUUCUGCAAGCUAGAGAAUAUAACAAGGAUUUGCAUGAAACAUUCCACUCCCAGCUUGAAAAAACUCACGAUGGGUUUUCAGUGGCUGCAGAAUAUUUUGGGAGAGGUGUAUUUUAUAAUUAUAAAGUUUUAAGAGAUGAGAAUCUAGAAAAGAAUUUAGGUCUGCCUGAAAAUGCGGAUCUUAAACUUUCUUCAAAAUUACCAGCGAAUAUUCCACAAAACUUUAAAAAUUACGGUCCUGGAGCUGAAGCGAGGAUCAGACAAAUGGAGAAUUCCAGGGCUCAAGUCAGUUUAGAUUCAGUAUCUGAAGGAAGAAUGCGGAUGCAAGAAAAUAGGUAUAGUUCUUCUGUGUCAUCGACAUCUUCAAAAGGCACAUCUUCACAAUUCAAGCCAAAGAGUUACGAACAAAAAAGCAUGCUGUCCUCAUCCAAGACUGAACAUAAGAGGCAAUCAAUUUCUAGGAAUCCAUUCGAGGAUGAUUAUGACGAGACAAAAAAUCCAUUUUAUGAGGAUGAGGACGAUGAUGAUCUUGAUAAGAACAACCCUUUUAGCGAAGCUUACGAUUGUGAUAAGAAUUUAAAUCCAUUUAAUUAGCCAGUAGAGACCAAAAACUUUAUAUUAUUAUAAACAUGUAUAUACUUUAUAUAUUUUUUUCUAUAUAUUAAUUUUAUUUAAAAGUGCUUAAUAAUAAAUUUAGAUUACCUUGUUUCUACAUCAUUUAUUUGUGCAAUAACACUUUAGGUGUAUUGGUGAUGUUUAGUUAAGGCAUUAUAUAAGUAUCUGGUAAUCAUUUUGUAAUAUAAUAUCACAUUUA